AUGGAAGACCGCCGCGGUAGCGCUGCCGACUCCGGCAGCACCAUAUCCUUCUACGCUACUCCUGCUCAGAACCCACAAACAACCGCUCGUCCUCAAAUAUGGAUGUUGCGCAGAGACCCAGACCUCGGAAGCGAUUGCUUCUCUAAGCGGGACUCUAUCGUGAUCCGGGACAGCGUCGCAUACCCCUCCGAAUCGAGCUUCGAAGACACGAUCAUCAAGGGCACGGCGCAGACGGGUCAGCGGAACCCAAGCAAGCCACAGCUGAUCGACCUCGAUCAUAUACGGCGCAAGAUGCGGAGCGCAACAACGCGGCGGGGGUCGCAGCGGAGCACCAGGACAGACACAUCCACCCUGUCGCUAGGGUGUUGGCUUUCCGACAUGCGCCCCCCGGAGCAUAUUAUGCUCAGCCCCAUAACUAGCCAGCGAGCUGUAACGGAGAUGUACCACGAAAGCCAGAGCGAUAUCGUACUGCAUUCCAGAGUUCGAGCCUCUUCCCUACGGGAACGGGAAACGACGUUGCGAUUUCAAAGCGGAACACGAGGCGGGCAAUCUAGCGAGACUAUUGGGAACACUCCCCACGAGAGCGAGCUAUCAGGUUACACCCUGACACAACAUGGUCUCCAGCCCAAGCAUAGCUUCAUGCGCGCGCUGUGUUGUCUGCCAUAUUGA